UCUGUACCUCCGAAUGAUUGACUGAUCAGCUCAAACAUCUCUGCAAUUCUUACGAGUAGAUUUGGCAUUUCUUUUGCCGGGUAGCUCUUCGGUUAUAAGGGUUUCGAAGAGCCUAAAUAGAAGAUAUAAUGCGGCUGAGCUCCGAUCUACUCCUCUCUUUGGUUCCUUCGUUGACUUUCUAUCAUUCUUCUAAUCGUUUGAAACCUCUUGAAAAGAGUGAUUGGCGUGGUAAUCUUAGUUGAUCUUUCCCUCCCUUCUCGUUUUUUUCUUCUUCUUUCUCCUAGAUCCCUUUGUUUCAUAUCCGCCUUCCUCUGGUUCUAACGGUUUUCUUAACCUCGGUUUAGAAGCUAAUCCGUUCUUUCGGUGUUUCUUGAUCUGCGACG